AUGUACCUAUGGGCCCUAUUGAUGUUUGCACUUAUGGGCCUCGCAGAAGCUUCAAAUCGUUUUUCGGAGCCAGAUUUUAAGUCUGCUAAUUUCGCAAAGGCGAUAAACGAUCAAAAACUGAACGGGAGUGUCCUCAGAGACUUUGAAGUGGCAUCUGAAAUAUCUUGUCAGUUUGCAUGUGUCUCUGAAGAUCGAUGUUUGUCAUACAACUUCCUUCCCAUCCAUGACAAGGAGACAAGUAGAUGUCAGCUAAGUGGCUCGGACCGAUUUGCGAGUCAGGUGAAUUUUACAAAAGAGGAUGGAGCAUCAUAUAGAGGAAUACAGGUAACAAAACUGAUGAACUCGAAUGUCCUCGGUUCGUUAAAGUGUGUUUUCUUUUCGUCUGAAUUCAUUUCAAACAGGAUGCUGCGAUUCUCAUAACAGUCAGGCUGGUUGUUUCAAGAAUUUAAUAAGUAUGCAUUCUUUAUAAACUAGGACCGUUCUAUUUCGCGAAUAAAUGAAUAGGAACUCUUAGAUGAUGCAGAGAUUUUGGUACGGAUUACCUUUCAUUGUGAGUAAGUAAUUACUGGUCUUGAUGACACAUGCUGGGCUCAGAAAAGCUUGAGAAGUUGAAAUGAUUACAACGCGAUAAAACACUUGAAACUCUAGACUUUUGAAAUAUUUUUGUAUCUACGAGGUCUUAUCAGCCAUUGUAAACAACUCGGUUAUAUUAAGCAAGUUUUUUCACGUCUCAAUUGAGUCAACUGAUUCCAAAGAAUACAAUAUCUUUCUAGAGUUAUCGGUGCCGAGACGCACCUGUUAUGAAGACCGCAGAGGUUCUCGCCUACAGAAGGAACGAGAACUCCUCACUAGGGCACCCUUUCGUGAAACGAAUGUACCUUAAAAUGAAACAUAAUCUAAUACAAAUUUCCUUUAAAGACUUAAGGUUAAUCAAAUGUAGUAAGAAAUAACACAGAAGAAGCCAUCAUACUAAAAGCGGAAUAAAAUGGGAUGAUUUCGUUUUAGGACUAUUCCAAACAAAAACUGUUUAUGUUAUGAGUUUCUUUCUUUUAAAAUUUAAUACAUAACCGACGAGAGGCAGUAAGAGGCAGUAAGAUUUUAGCUAUAGGGUUUUUGCUUAAUCUUGGUUUGUGCGCUAGCGUAUUGUUUUUCUAGAAAACCUUUUAUGUUUUCGCUUUUUUAGGUCGCUAAAAGCCAUCCAAAGGGCGAUGAGAAAGGCUCGGACUAUUGUUUGCUCUAGUAGAUAUUAUCAGAAUGAUUUUCUUUAUUGAGCUAAGACUCCACGAAGGGAGUGAUAAUUUGGCUUUGCCUUUGAUUUUCUUCAAUUUGCUUCGGUGCAAAUAUUUAAAAAGUUUCCUAAUUUUUGAAAUUUGUACUGCCGAUCAUUUAAAAGCCGAAAUAAAUUAAAGGUUACAAAGGCAGUUUCCUCGCUAUUUGCAAUUUGUGCUUUCUUCCUCUAUCUCAAGCUUGGUCUAAAUAAUUCAUUUUAAUCAACAGGCAUCAGGUAGGGCACAAAUUUGUUAACGGUCCAGCAAAUGUUAGGAAAUUCCACCAAAGGAAACGCGAUAAAUCUUGCUCGAAAGAUCUCUAUUAUCGCAAAACAGUACGUAUAAAUAUUACUGGUGCAGUUUCUGGAAAACCUAGACUCCACUACAUAAAUACUGUGUAACUGUUUUUAACACACCUUUUGCAGAUAACGAUUGUGCGAUCGUAUCGAGCCGUCAUGUUUAAUGACACUCGCGCUACAUUUGCACCCAGAUCUUGAUCGGUCAAAAAACGCUAUGGAGCCUCCUUAAACGAAAACGUCUGCCAUCAUCCUAUUGAAAUCUUUUUGUAUACUGAUUUUCUUUCUUAAAUUUUUAGAGCACCUGUGAGGAAUAUGAUCCUUGCAAGGAGAAUGAAAUUUGUGUUGUUGACUACAAAUCAAACACUCAUUUUUGUAAGUGUAUUAGAGGUAAGUGGAAAUCCGCUCAAGAAAAGACAAAAAAACAGCUCUACGAGAGGGAAAUAUUUAUCCCUCGGAAAAUGCCACGAACAGAUGAAACGGGUAGAUUAGCACUUAUUAGAUUAAUAAGUAAUUAGAUAAGUAAUAAGGAAUUAAUUAGAUAAUAGAUUAUCAGACCAAAUGCGGCAAGGUUACGAAAGAUCAAGGAUGUAACGUCCACAACAAAAACAUUUAGACAGAGAGAGAUAGAUAGAAUAUAUAGUUUUUGUUAUUGUCAAAGCGUUUUACUGUCGCUUUUUUUUCAAUUUCUAGAUUGCCCUAAGAACUGUCUUGAAUAUUAUCAAAAUGGUUCCACAACUGACGGUGUGUAUUGGGUUUACCCUGAUGAAGAAGAACCUUUUCAAGUGCUGUGUGACAUGACAACUGAUGGCGGAGGCUGGACCACCUUUCAAAGGCGCAUGGAUGGCUCUGUUGACUUUUAUGUCGACUGGGAAUCAUACAAAAAAGGAUUUGGAAAUCUGAAAGGCGAGUUUUGGCUCGGAAACGAUUAUCUUCACCGACUGACUGCAUCUGCUAGCAUGGUGUUUCGAAUUGAUAUGGAGGAUUACAAAAACGACCGACGAUUUGCCGAGUACACGACUUUCGCUGUGGCCGACGAAAGCGAUAAUUAUCGGGUGACAAUCGAUGGAUACCGAGGCACCGCAGGUGACUCACUGCUUUCGUACACGAAGCCUAUUAGGUAUGUCUUAUCGCAGUUUUUUGUACUUUGCUCUGAAAAUGACUUGUAAUAUAAGGGUAAAGCUCCUGCCUGAGAAUUUGGAAAUUCGUUGAGGAUUGCCGGAAGUCGAUCAAGGAUCUUCUACACUUAAGCUGAUCAGCUUUUUUCUACAUAUGAGAAAUCUAAACUGAAGUGCAUCAUCGCCGAUCAGAUAUUUCAACUUCCAGUUUAUUGCUAACUAGGAUUGCUCCUUUCAACAAGAUGACAUUAAAUUCCUGUUUGCUGCUCUAUUAACUAAAACAAACAAGUGUACGUUGCUCACCGUUCCAUUUUCUCGAACCUUCCUGAUAGGGAAAUCUUUUUAUGAACACUGCUGACAAUUAGUGCUCCUUGGAUAUUUCCCACCAUGUGAUGCCGGUUGCACUUUAUGGACUAUGAUGUGUUGCUAGAAGCAUUGCUUCCUCGCCUUUUCCCUGUUUCUUACGAAAUGUAUUUGAUAUCCUAGAAGCAUGAGGUUUACAACCAAAGACAAAGACAACGACGUUAACAGCGGAAACUGUGCGUUAAACUUUAAAGGUGGCUGGUGGUAUAAUACCUGCCACAACGCGAAUCCAAAUGGUUUGUACAAAGGUGGAGGUUACGCACAAGGUAUUACAUGGCAGUCAUUUCGAGGACAAGCCUAUUCUUUAAAGCACACCGAGAUCAAAAUUCGACCAGCAUGA